AUGAAGUGGGAAAAUGUCCAGGGAAAGCCCACACAGGGUCAAGGAGGAGGAGCUGAUGAGUUUUGUGGGCCAAGGAGGAGGUUGGGUCACACCUGUAACACCAUCAAAGGAGGGGGACUUCUCUAUGUCUUCGGGGGCUACGGCAGAGAUAACUGUCAAACGAACCUAUUGCAUGUCUUUGACACUGUCAUGCAGACCUGGAGCCAACCUGUGAUCAAAGGCACCCUACCAACUCCUAGUGACAGCCAUAGCUGUACAACUGUUAGUGAUAAUAUAUUUGUGUUUGGGGGUACAGGUGGGACGAACCCGCUUAGGUUGCACAUACUAGACACUUCAUCACAUACAUGGAUUUCUCCAACUAUAAGAAAUUGCUGA